UUUACCAGGGCUGUCAAGUAUCAAAUGAAGAGUGUUUUCUACAACAGUUUCAGUCAAUCAUUAUACAAAAAAAAUCAUUAAAUUUGCUACUAGCACUAGCAGACAAUGCCGUGAUGUUAACAUUGACAUCAGGUAGUGAUAAUUAUACAUAUGUUAGUAUAAUUUAUACUUACACUGGUUCCGUCGGCUUUCAUUAGGUCAGACACAACUAUUACACAAACCAAUGUUUUUACCAAUUUAUUUAUGAAAUCAUAAUAUUUAUUUUCAAUAAUUAUUGAUUGAAAUGCGUGAGAAAUUAUAUAGUCAGCGUUACACUGAAAUGUCAUUGCCCAAAUCUUGAGAUUCAUUGCGAAACUGUGAGACUCGAUAGCUAUCACAUAUCAAUUACACACGAUAUACAGAUACCAGUAUGUACAAAAAGAUGUUUCACUAAGAUUUUUUUCAUUUCCACUGACGUUUGUAUCCAAAAUACAAUACUUUAUAUGUACUGUUUUGUCUUUGAAUACUGUGCCAGAUUGCACCUUAAGUUAUUUAUGAUACAGGCUCAUCUAAACCAGGAAAAGGGCAGUUUUAUUCUUGUCAUGGAAAAGUGAACAUAACAAAGUUAAAUAACAUUCAACCAUAAGCCAGCUGGCAGUGGCCUUGUUCAUUUCCAUUGUUGACUUGUUUUAAUGUUAUCAAGUUCUUUUCAUGUGCAGUAUUUAUAGUUUAAAAUGGCAAAGAUAGCUGAAACUCAUUGGCAGUACAUUUAGUUGUGUGUAACCUUUUUUUGUAAAGGGGAACAACUGUAAAUAAAAAUGAACAGUAGAUUAGAGUGACAUUUUCUUUGUAUACAUGAUGUACAUGAUGUGUUAUUUAUGACCUAAAAGAUCCAUAAUUUUAACCGUCACACAGUGUUUUAAAGUUUUAAAAUGAUGAUUUGAAGGUAGUUUUUCUGAACAAGAGACUGAGACAUUUUUAAGGGAUAAUUAAAAAUGAUUUCAAGAAAUAUAUCAUAUUUUGCAUUCUUGUACUUUUUGCAAGGAUUGCCUUAUGGUUUACAGGCAAGAUUUUUACCGCUUUACUUAAGAACUCAUGGAAUGUCAUUAUCAAAUAUUUCAUUCUUUAAACUGCUUCUCAUACCAUGGAUGUUAAAAGCGCUAUGGGCGCCAUUUGUCGACAAAUACGGAACAAAGAAGAAAUGGUUAAUGUACAGUAUGUUUGGACUAUUUACGACAUGUUUAUUUGGAAUGUUUUCUACACCUGAUCAUUUGUAUGGAUUAGCGCUGGUGUUAUUUCUGUUUAAUUUUCUAACCGCGACUCAAGACAUCGCUGUCGAUGGAUUAGCUGUACAAAUUUUAGCAACUUCAGAACUUGCCGCAGGGAAUAUUGCUCAGGUUGUGUGGUAUAAAAUUGGUGCAGUUUUUAGUGGUGGACUAUUAAUUUGGCUGACAGAGACAUUUAAACUGCGUUGGGGAACUAUUUUCUUAAAUGUAGGAAUAUUUUACUUUUGUGCCUUUGUGUUUGUAACAAAAGUAGUACCUUCCGUGAAAUUUAGUCAACUUGAGAUGGAAAUCAUGCCCGUCAAGAAUGAAGAAAACAAAGAAGAAAAUAUUCCUACAUCGAAGCAAGAAAAAGGAUCUUCAAAGCCAAAAAAUGAGAGACAUUGGUUACUUGAACACUUUAAAGCUGUGUUCAGCUCAAAAGAAACGAGAUGGACUCUUGGAUAUGUUUUGAUUUACAAAUUAGGAGAGCAGGGUUCAUUGUCAAUGGUACCAUUAUUCCUGGUGGAUCAUGGAAAUUCAGCUUCAACUGUGGAGUUCUGGACAGGCAUAGUAGGACAGGCCACGUCUAUAUUUGGCUCGCUACUUGGUGGUUGGCUAGUCUCGUGGUUUAAAAUAAGUCCAUACAGAGCCAUUCUUGGAUUUUCAUUGGUCAGAAUACUCUGGCUAUUACUGUUGAGUGCUACCAUUAUCUCAUGGCCAGUGGGAGAUAUUCAUGGCGAAAAUAAGCUCAUGUUUGGAAUUGUGGUGCUACUAAUGUGUACCAUGUUGCUAGGCAGUGGUGUAGUCACAACAACGACCUUCACCUUGAUGAUGUACUGUUCACAAAGGUCACCAAGUGCAAUUCAGGCCAGCCAUUACACUACCAUGGCAACCGCAGAAGUCCUGGGCAAACUGACAUUCUCCGUUCUGAUUGGUUCAUUUGCCGACACAUUUGGAUACUCUUUGGCUUUUCUGUUGUUUGUUAUAUUGGCUGUUUUGGUCUUGCCUGUUUUAAUGAAUUGUCCUUUGAGUUUAAGAGAAAUGUUGAACAAUACUGGAAAUAAAAGCAAUAGAAAAUGAUACUGAUCUUGAUUAUUAAGUUCAUUUACUGGUGAGAUGUAAAAUGAAAAUAAGAUGCAUGUUUGUUAAUGAGUGACAGUUAAAACUCUUUAAAAUACAUGGUUCGUCCGUGCUGCACAUCAUGUCAGCCCCAUGUUAUAGUAAAAUAGAACAUGAAUGUAGAAAGGUUAUUACUUACGGUGAAGGUGUAAGAUCCCCAUUACUUUGAGUCUACCAUUUUCUACACUACAGUCAUUAUUUUUUCAUGAAUGUGUUUGCCAAGUUUUGACCAAAUUCCUCUUUUCCCUGACAUGGAAACUGUCUGAGCUGAAGCAUGUACAUUCUUUGUACUUGCAUAUAACAUUAAGUAAUUUUUAUCCUAGGAAAAAGAUCACUACCUUUGUACACUUGAUUUUUUGUGAGUCCAUUUAUAUCCUAAAUUUCGUCGCCAUCAUGAAAAAACAUCAUUCUAUACUUUUGAUGUGACAUCAUACAUGAAUAGCAUUAGAAAUUGUAUGCAAUAUAAAGAUACUUUUUAUAUGAUAUAAACAGAAAAUAACAUUUAGGGUCAUGCAAAAUGUUAACUUAUUAACUAAAAUUUUUCAAUUUAAGAAAUAAUUUCCAUAUUGAAUGACCACCUAUGUAAGAGUCCUUUUAACAGAUACUAAUAUUUUAAACUGGGUUUCGCACUGAAAUUGCUACAAAGAAUAUCCAUUUCUAAAUAGUUUGAAUAGCAAUUUCAAUUUUUUGUUAAUCAGGAGCUGAAAUAUCCGAUAUCUGCAAAAAGGCAUUCAUCCUCUUUAUAAAAAGAAUUGUAUACCAUUUGAAUACUAAGUGUUGUUACUAUUAAUAAUGCCAUUCUUUUACAUAUCACCAGGAACCUAUUACUAAGGACGUUUGUAAAACAUCCAUACAUGAACGUUUGCGCUUGUUGUAUUUCAGCUGGCUUAUUGAAUUACAAAAAGAACAGCAUGGUUACAAACAAAACUCUUUGAAGAGUUGAAACUGACCCCCCGGAGCUGUUGUUCAAGUUGUCGAUUGAGCUGCUACAAUGUUUUGUUAAACUGUUUGCAGAGCAUGUUUUGCUAAGUUGUUUGCAAGCAGU